AUGUCCAAACAGAGAGAGGGUGAAUGUGAAACUUUGUCUUUCCCGAGAUUGUUGGCUUUGGGCAAGAGGUUGGAUAUUGCGGCAGGCACCGCGAUUAGGUUCGAACCGGGUGAUAGUAAGACUGUUACACUGGUGGGAAUAGGCGGGACGAAGAUCCUCGCUGGUGGAAACAAUCUAGCUUCUGGACCCCUCGACCAGUUUCUCACUACGAGCGAGAGCAAGCAGGCCUUGGUGAAACGAAUCGAAGCAGCAGGAUUCUCCAACGAGCCUAUCCCAGAGAUGGCAGACGAUUCCAACCCACCACCACCAUUCGAACUCAGUCGAGAUGCGUAUGCCGCAUUGUAUGGCCCAACAGUAGGCGACAAAGUUCGUCUAGCCGACAGCCCGCUCUGGUUGGAAGUGGAGAAAGAUUACACCGUGUACGGGGAUGAGCUUAAGUUCGGUGGUGGAAAAGUCAUUCGUGAUGGUAUGGGUCAAGCUUCUGGUCGACCCGAUAAAGCCGUGUUGGACGUGGUAGUGAUCAAUGCGCUGAUUGUUGAUUGGUGGGGGAUUGUCAAAGCAGAUAUUGGCAUCAGAGGUGGGCAUAUUGUGGGGAUUGGGAAGGCAGGUAACCCGGCGAUAAUGGAUGGAGUGGAUCCGAACCUUGUGGUUGGGUCUUGUACCGAAGUUAUUGCUGGUGAAAAGUAUAUCGUUACCGCGGGAGCGAUCGAUGCUCAUGUGUAUUACAUUUGUCCGGAUCUACACGAGGAGGCACUAGCGACGUGGAUUACAACUCUCAUCGGAGGAGGCACUGGUCCGACCGCGGGAACUAGUGCUACGACUUGUACUCCGGGACAGGAUCAACUCAAGAACAUGAUGAUUGCAACGGACAACGUUCCAUUGAACUUUGCGUUUACAGGUAAAGGCAACGAUUCGGGUUUGGCGGGGUUGGAAGAUCAGAUUAAAGCCGGUUGUGCAGGGUUAAAAAUUCACGAGGAUUGGGGAGCAACACCUGCAGCCAUCGAUGCAUGUUUGACGGUGUGCGAUAAGUAUGAUGUUCAGUGUAACAUUCAUACAGAUACGUUGAACGAGAGUUGCUUUGUGGAAGGGACUCUGGCAGCAUUUAAGGGGAGGAUGAUUCAUACUUAUCAUUCGGAAGGUGCCGGUGGUGGGCAUGCUCCCGACAUCAUCCAGGUUUGCGGAGAAACCAACGUCCUACCCUCCUCAACGAACCCCACGAGACCUUAUGCGAAGAGCAUCCUGGAUGAACAUCUGGAUAUGCUGAUGGUGUGUCAUCAUCUCAGUAAGGAUAUCGUGGAGGAUGUGGCGUUUGCGGAUUCGAGGAUUAGGGCGGAGACGGUGGCUGCCGAAGACGUGUUGCAGGAUAGUGGGGCUAUUUCGAUGAUCAGUAGCGAUUCGCAGGGUAUGGGUCGGAUUGGGGAGGUUGUUUCGAGGACUUGGAGGACUGCUAGUAAGAUGGCUGGCUUGAUUGGACCAUUGCGAGUGCCGGAAGGGGGAGUGCGGGGGGAAGGUGAAUUUAGGGUGCCACAUCCGAGUGAAGCUGUUUCGGACAAUCUGAGGAUUAAGAGAUACGUGGUGAAGUAUACGAUCAAUCCGGCUCUCGUUCAUGGUUGUUCGCAUCUGAUUGGGUCGAUCGAGCCAGGCAAGCUGGCUGAUCUGGUUUUCUACUUGCCGAGCAAGUUCGGUGUCUGCCCGGAAUUCGUUUUGAAGGGUGGACAGGUGGCGUGGGCGCAAAUGGGUGAUGCAAAUGCUUCCAUUCCAACGGUGCAGCCGAUCUAUGGAAGAGGCAUGCAUGGUGCGAACGCCAAUGCUGCGCCGCACAAUUCGGUGCUUUUCGUCUCUCAACUUUCCGUUAAGCAUGGUAUUGUGAAGCGUUACGGAGUCACCAAGAGGGUCGAGCCGGUGAAAGGAUGCAGGAAAGUUAGUAAGAAGAAUAUGAAACUCAACACGCAUACGCCUGAUCUCAAGGUCGAUCCGGAGACGUAUGAAGUGACGGACGCGGGGAUAUUGUUGACUGUUCCGCCUGCGGAGGAGCUGCCUUUAACUCAGAGUUUGCAUCUGUUCUAA